AGAACAAGGAUCAAAAAAGAUAAGAGAGACGAAACCAAUGACGAAACUCAAUGACGCAAAUCAAUGACGCAACCCAGUAAGGAACAUUCUAGUAUAUAAUGGCAUGCAUUGGCCUCAAUAAUCAAUCAGUAUCUCCAACUCGAACCACAUAACUAUACCUCUCUCCCUUUUAAGAUAGAUGAUGGGACACAUAGAUAUUAUCAUCGUCAUGGUUCUCACUAUAGUUCUGUAUCUGCAAUUCAGUUUCGUCUUUGCUAACACCAAGGUUUAUGUAGUUUAUCUGGGAAAGAUGACACAUGAUGAUCCUGAGUCUGCCACUGAUUCCCACCAUCACUUGCUGUGGCCACUUCUUGGAAGCAAAAAAGCAGUCCAUGAUUCAAUAGUGUAUAGUUAUCGACACGGCUUCUCAGGUUUCGCUGCCAAGCUCACAGAGUCCCAAGCCCAGCAAAUUUCAGAACUGCCUGAAGUAGUACAAGUCACACCAAAUACAUUAUACGAACUGACAACAACUAGAACUUGGGAUUACUUGGGCCUGUCUCCGGGUAAUUCAGAGAGUCUCCUACAUAAGGCCAACAUGGGAAGUCCGGUCAUUGUUGGAGUUAUUGAUUCAGGAGUGUGGCCAGAGUCUGAAAUGUUUAAUGACAAAGGCUACGGACCAAUUCCUAGCCGUUGGAAAGGUGGCUGUGUAUCUGGAGAAUUAUUCAACGCCUCGAUUCAUUGCAACAGAAAGCUGAUAGGAGCAAAAUACUUUGUCGAUGGCCUUGUUGCUGAGAACGGAGUCUUGAACACGAAAGAAAACCCUGAGUAUGUUUCCCCGAGAGACUUUAGCGGUCAUGGCACGCAUGUCGCUUCAACCAUCGGUGGCUCAUUCCUGCCUAAUGUAAGCUACUCUCGUCUUGGAAGAGGAACUGUGAGAGGUGGUGCUCCGGGUGUUUUUUUAGCUAUUUAUAAGGCGUGCUGGUUUCAAAUGGGAUGUUCAAAUGCUGAUCUCUUAAAAGCAAUCGAUGAAGCUAUUCAUGAUGGUGUUGAUGUUUUGUCACUCUCUUUGGGAUCGGGUGUUCCUUUAAAUCUAGAAACUGAUGUGAGGCUUUUUUUUGCUAUGGGAUUAUUCCACGCGGUAGAAAAAGGCAUUCAUGUCGUAGCUUCAGCUGGUAAUAAUGGUCCUGCGGCACAGACCAUUGGGAAUGUAGCUCCUUGGAUCUUGACGGUAGCUGCAACUACUCUAGACCGUUCUUUUCCCACAGCCAUCACACUUGGGAACAAUAUAACAAUACUGGGUCAAGCAAUCUUUGCUGGUCCAGAACUCAGUUUUGUUGGUCUUACUUAUUCAGGUGAUUGCGCGAAGCUCUCCGCUAAUCCAAUGGAAGGAAAAGUUGUGUUAUGUUUCACAGCAGAUAUAAAUCCCCGCUCUAGGGUUGUUACAAAUGCUAGAACCGCAGUUAAAAACGCUGGUGGUCUCGGGGUAAUCAUUGCAAGAAAUCCCCGUCCGGUUAACCCAACUCAUAACUUUCCAUGCGUUACGGUAGACUUUGAGCUCGGAACUGACAUUCUGUUCUACAUACGCUCCACAAUAUCUCCCAUGGCAAAGAUACAUGCUCCAAGAACAUUUGUUUCACACCCCGUCGCUACAAAGGUAGCAUCUUUUUCAUCAAGAGGACCCAAUUCGAUAUCUCCAAUGAUUCUUAAGCCGGAUAUAGCAGCACCUGGCGUGAACAUACUAGCAGCUAUUUCUCCAAAUAGUUCUAUUAACGACGGAGGAUUUGCUAUGAUGUCUGGGACAUCAAUGGCUACUCCUGUUGUUACUGGAGUUGUAGUGCUACUUAGAUCAUUGUACCCUCAUUGGUCUCCUUCUGCUAUCAAAUCAGCUAUUGUCACUACAGCAUGGAAAACUGAUCCAUCCGGGGAGCCUAUUUUCGCAGACGGGUCAAACCGCAAGCUAGCAGAUCCGUUUGAUUAUGGAGGAGGACUCGUAAAUCCAGAGAAAGCUGCAAGACCAGGUCUCAUAUACGACAUGACCAUUGAUGACUAUGUCUCGUACUUAUGCUCUACCUAUAAUUACAAUGACGCCUCCAUUUCCCAAGUCCUCGGAAAUAAAACAGUAUGUCCUAACCCGAAGCCUUCUGUUCUUGAUCUAAACUUGCCAUCCAUCACAAUACCGAACCUCAAAGACGAGGUCACUCUCACUAGAACCGUCACUAAUGUUGGACCACUCAACUCGAUAUACAAAGUUAUGAUCGAUCCUCCAAUCGGCAUUAGUAUGACCGUGACACCACAUACGCUACAGUUUAACUCUACGACCAAAAUAGUUUCUUUUAAAGUGAGAGUUUCGACAAGGCACAAAGUGAAUACUGGCUAUUACUUUGGAAGCUUGACAUGGACUGACAAUCUUCACAAUGUGGUCAUCCCAGUAUCUGUAAGAACCCAAAUCCUCGAACGUUACCACGAUGAGAACUGAUGUAAGGGAAAAAUGCAUCUUCUGCUGAACUACUAUAUAUGUUCUUGUGUUGAACAAUAUGUAAAGCAUAAUGCUGAUGAAUAAUAAUGUUUAGUGGAUUAUUGUGUUGUUUAUUCA